AUGCUUCUAAUACGUCUUUUGUGUCUCGCUCCCUUAGCAACUCAAAGUCUCGCCUUUCCUAAACCUCAAGGAGCGUCCACUCCUUUGAAUGAUUCCAGUUGUGCAACGCGCGCGCCCGGUACUCUUCCAGACAACACCUGCUACUCAUCAAUAUCGAUAUUAAAUACAGUGAAACCAUCAGCAUGGGGCGCUUAUCGAGACAAAGUACCAUCAAAGCAGGCCUUAGAUAUAACCAAAUUACCAUCGCCAUACAACACCGAUUUCACAGGGUAUUACAAUGCAACUUGUCAGAAAGCGUUCGACUCAAUCAUUGAAAGUGCUUGCUAUUCGCCGGACACUGUCAUCUUCGAAAACAACACAUGGAUCUGGGCUUUUGGUGGCGGAGGGGAACAAGGCUGUUUGAUCAGUGCCUAUUUACCAGGCAGUAAUGCCGUCAAUUACCCAAGUACUGAUGACUGUCGCUCCAAGAUCUUGAUUCCACUCAUGCAACUCUUGCAAGCGAAGCCACAGGCGUCGGACAACCGAGUGAGCGUCAAUGUUGCCAAAUUUCCUUCUUUGCCAGAGCAUUUCAUCCCAAAAUCCAAGACGCCAACGGAAGUCACUGUAUAUGGUUAUAACAAGGACGAUGGGCUGAGUGUGAAUGGGUCUCUGACAUCAUGGAUUAUUCAACCGUAUGUUCUUCAUUUCACUUUUACAACAUCAAAGCGUUCAAUCCUGCACAAAACCCCGGCCGAGGAUGAGCAGACAUAG